AUGGGAGGAAUAACCAAAAGGCUUGAAAGAAGACUAGUUUUUAUAAAAGAUUUUGGAGCGCGUGCAUUCAACGAGAAGAGUUCUAUAAGUAAUGUUGAUGCAGAAUAUGGUACUGAGUUAGAGGAGAAAAAAGAAAUAUUAAUAGGUAAUAGAAAUAAAGAAUAUAAAGCUGAACAAAACGUUUUUGAAACAAAUAAGUAUUUGAUUGGCAAGGAUUUAAUUCCACCAACAAAAUUCUCAGAAAUUACAGCAUGCUUGGUUUUAAUGAAAAAUGAUCUUCGGAAGUUUAGUAGUCCAAGAAGACAUCUAUAUGCAUUAAGAGAGAAAACUUGUGUAACAAGUAAAUGGAGUUCUCCAAUCUGUGCAGUGUUAAAAGCUAAAGGAUCAGUUCAGAUUUGUAGUGAUUAUUAA